GUCUCUCUCUCUCUCUCUUUAUAUUUACCUUCUUCUCUCUCUCACUUUCCUUCGCUCUUCUCUCUCUUCCCUUCCAUAAUCCAUACUAUACUUCGGUCUUGCUGUAGACCUUCUGUAAUUAUUUUGUCAUCCUUUAAAUCAUGAAGAUGAUCGAUUAUUACUCAUACUUUGUUUAAUUCGUCGAAAUUCCCGAGUUUUUCUUUUUCCCCGUAUAUUUUGAUUUCAUCACAAUAUUUUCCUACUCCACACUGUCAGAGAAUGGCGGGACAAGUUGUUGCUAAUCAGCCAGCGUCUUUAUUUGACUUUGUGUUUGUGGAAGGAGACUCUGUGCAGAGUGGUUCUGUUGUUGCAUCAUCUAACCAAAUCAAUCCAUGGAUUGACCCAGCAACAAUUAAACUCAGGCACCGGAUGGGAAGAGGGCCCUUUGGUGAUGUUUGGUUAGCGACUCAUCAUUGCACAUCUGAAGACUAUGAAGAGUAUCAUGAAGUUGCUGUUAAGGUGUUGCAUCCAAUUAAAGAAGACAAUAUUAGAGACGUCUUGAAUAGGCUGGGUAAUUUAAUUUCUAAGUGCCAAGGGUUAGAAACAGUUUGUUGGAUCCAUGGACUCUCAGUUAUAAAUAAGAAAAUAUGCAUUGUCAUGAAAUUUUAUGAAGGCUCAGUUGGAGACAAGAUGGCUCGCUUCAAAGGAGGGAAGCUGUCACUGACUGAUGUUCUGAGGUAUGGGGCAGAUCUAGCUCAAGGGAUAAUGGACCUGCAUGCAAAAGAGAUCCUUAUUCUAAACCUUAAACCUUUUAAUUUCCUCUUGAAUGCAAAUGACCAGGCAAUUGUUGGGGAUAUUGGUAUAGCUUAUGUACUGUUAGGAAUUUCAUUGCCCAGUACUGACAUGGCUCGGCCACUUGGUACUCCUAAUUACAUGGCUCCAGAACAAUGGCAACCAGAAGUAAGAGGUCCGAUAUCUGUUGAGACUGAUUCAUGGGGAUUUGGGUGCAGCAUAUUGGAAAUGUUAACUGGAACGCAACCUUGGAGUGGUAAAUCAAUUGAGGAAAUAUACAAACUGGUUGUAACAAAGCAAGAAAGACCUCAUAUUCCCAGUGGGCUUCCUCCUGCAGUUGAAAAUGUCAUUAUUGGCUGUUUUGAGUAUGACUUCAGGAGUCGUCCUGUCAUGGCAGAUAUUUUGCAUGCUUUUAAGAGUUCACAGAGCGCAGUUAACCAGGAUGGAGGCUGGACAGAUCUUGGAAGUAAAAUGAUAAGGGAGAAACCAGGAGGUGUUGGUUAUACAGAGUGGUUCCUUGCGAAGGAUCACCUCCAAGUUGGUGACAUGGUCCGAUCUAGGAAAUCACCAAACUCAUGCAACCCCAAAAAUAUGGAUGUCCCUGAGGGAACUGUAGUUGGUCUGGAACGGGAUACCGACCAAGAUGGAUUUGUGUUAGUGAGGGUACAUGGACUUCAUGACCCAAUAAGAGUUCAUGUUUCCACAUUGGAGCGGGUCACAUUUGGCUUGGCUGCAGGAGAUUGGGUGCGGUUAAAGAAAGAAGACAAGAAGCACUCACCAGUAGGCGUUCUCCAUUCAAUUGGUCGUGAUGGAAGUGUGGCUGUUGCAUUUAUAGGACUGGAGACUCUUUGGAAGGGUGACUAUUCUCAAUUCCAGAUGGCAAAACCCUAUUGUGUGGGACAGUUUGUGAAGCUCAAAUCUAAUGUAUUUAGCCCUCGGUUUGAAUGGCCUCGAAAAAGAGGGGGAGAGUGGGCAACAGGGAGAAUUUCUCAGGUGCUGCCUAAUGGCUGCCUCAUUGUGAAGUUCCCAGGCAGACUGGCAAUUGGAGAUGUGAACAACAUCUUCUUGGGUGAUCCAGCUGAAGUCGAACUAGUAUCAUUCAACACUUGCCAUAGUAUGGUGAAAAAGUACCAACAUCUAGAGGAUUUUCACUGGGCUGUCAGGCCACUGCUGAUGGCAUUGGGUCUAUUUACGGCGAUGAAGUUGGGGCUUUUUGUUGGAAAGAAAGUGGGAAGGGGGAUGUCAAGCGAAAAGAAUGGAAAGAACACUGUAGUGCAAAAUGACAAUCAAAAUGUGGAUGGCCAGAGUGCUAACAAUGCUGUGUGGCGUCCUCCAAAGGUUACUAACAUUUUCAGAUGAUGUGUUACACAAACUGACCAUUGCAGGGUGUUUGUAAAUUAACAUUAAUACCAAUGAAGUUGAAUUCCCGUCUUUCCUGAAGGUUUACUUAGGGACUGAACUUGGGAACUGGUAGCCAGUUAUGUAAAUAGAUGGUUGGUCGUCAUUUACCUCUUCGCAUGAUUAUGUAUAUGAAUCCUAAUCGUCUGUUGGGUUGGCUGUUUAAUUCAUGUGUUAUUUAGUUA